ACCAGGUCAGCUGUGAGGCGUGGGCUGUGUGGGCCUGGCGGGCUGCUUCGCGGAGCUCCGGCUGCAAGCUCUGGGCAGCGGCGGCAGACAGGCGGCGGCCUCCGGCUGACUACAGUGGUGAGGGCUGGUGUGGUUGUCAGGAUGGCAGAGGAGCAGGAGUUUGCGCAGCUCUGCAAGCUGCCCACACAGCCUCCCCACUCGCAUUGUGUCAGCAACACCUAUCGAAGUGCGCAGCACUCCCAGGCCUUGCUCCGGGGGCUCCUUGCUUUGCGGGACAGUGGCAUCCUCUUUGAUGUUGUCCUGGUGGUAGAGGGGAGACACAUCGAGGCUCAUCGCAUCCUGCUGGCUGCAUCCUGCGAUUACUUCAGAGGAAUGUUUGCUGGAGGAUUGAAGGAGAUGGAGCAGGAAGAAGUCCUGAUCCACGGUGUGUCCUACAAUGCCAUGUGCCAAAUCUUGCAUUUCAUAUACACUUCUGAACUAGAACUCAGCCUGAGCAAUGUGCAAGAGACCUUGGUUGCUGCCUGCCAACUUCAGAUCCCAGAAAUUAUACACUUUUGCUGUGACUUCCUCAUGUCUUGGGUAGAUGAGGAGAACAUCCUUGAUGUCUACCGGCUGGCAGAGCUCUUUGACCUAAGCCGCCUGACCCAACAGCUGGACACCUACAUCCUCAAAAACUUUGUGGCCUUCUCGAGGACUGACAAGUAUCGCCAGCUUCCCUUGGAGAAGGUCUACUCCCUCCUCAGUAGCAAUCGCCUGGAGGUGUCCUGUGAGACUGAGGUGUAUGAAGGGGCUCUGCUCUACCAUUACCCCCCAGAGCAGGUUCAGGCUGACCAGAUCUCACUACAUGAGCCCCCCAAGCUCCUGGAGACUGUGCGGUUUCCCCUGAUGGAAGCUGAGGUCCUCCAGCGGCUGCAUGACAAACUCGGUCCUAGCCCGCUGAGGGACACAGUGGCCAGUGCCCUCAUGUACCACCGGAAUGAGAGCCUGCAGCCCAGCCUUCAGGGCCCGCAAACAGAGCUGCGCUCAGAUUUCCAAUGUGUCGUGGGCUUUGGGGGCAUUCACUCCACACCAUCUACAGUCCUCAGUGACCAGGCCAAGUACCUGAAUCCCCUGCUGGGAGAGUGGAAACACUUCACUGCCUCUCUGGCUCCCCGCAUGUCCAACCAGGGCAUCGCAGUACUCAAUAACUUUGUGUACUUGAUUGGAGGGGACAAUAAUGUCCAAGGAUUCCGAGCUGAGUCUCGAUGCUGGAGGUAUGACCCGAGGCACAAUCGCUGGUUCCAGAUCCAGUCCUUGCAGCAGGAACAUGCAGACCUGUGUGUAUGUGUCGUGGGCAGGUACAUCUAUGCUGUGGCAGGCCGUGACUACCAUAAUGACCUAAAUGCUGUGGAGCGCUAUGACCCUGCCACCAACUCCUGGGCCUAUGUGGCCCCACUCAAGAGGGAGGUGUAUGCCCACGCAGGCACCACACUGCAGGGGAAGAUGUACAUUACCUGUGGUCGCAGAGGAGAGGACUACCUGAAAGAGACGCAUUGCUAUGACCCAGGCAGCAACACAUGGCAUACCUUGGCGGAUGGGCCUGUGCGACGUGCCUGGCAUGGCAUGGCUGCCCUUCUCGACAAGCUGUUUGUGAUUGGAGGCAGCAACAACGAUGCUGGCUACAGGAGGGAUGUACAUCAGGUUCAUGAAGUGGUUCUCAAGGUUCUCAGCCUCCACCUGAGACCAUUGAUUUGGAUGCUUUGGGGUAGGGCUUGGCUACCUGGAUUUAACAGUUCUUCCUAUGGUAAAAAUUUUGCCCGGAGUAUUGGUUUCCUGUUGUUGUCAUCACAAUCACCAUAAGCCUAAAUAACAUUAUUCUCAUAGUUUUGUAGAUGAUAAGUCCAGCAGGUUGACCUCAGGGUAUCACCAAAGCAUUCUUCCAUCACGAUAGACUGAAGGAAGGAUCUGCUCACUUGAACUGUUGACAGAAUUUAGUCUCUGGGGCCUGUAGGACUGAUGUCUUCGAUUUCUUUACCUACUGUCUGGAAGGCCUUUCUUGGCUGCCCAUCCCUGAGCCAGUAACACUUUUAUCUUCAAGCAAGCAAGGGCAUGUGGAAUCCUCCUCCCUGCCCCCUGUCCCUUCUGUCUGGCUUUCACUGUCUCAUUUUGAGUGCUUGUAUAACUAAAGGCAAUCCUCCAUUUAUGAUAGGGUCAUAUCUCUAUAGUCUCAUAAUUGAAAAUAUCCUAUUUCAAAAAUGCAUUUAAUUGAGCUAAAGAAAUAGCACAGUCCAUAAAGUGCUUGCUAUGCAGGUAUGAAGACCUGAGUUUGAUCCCCCAGAACCCACAUAAAAAGCUGGUCAUGGUGGUGUAAUCCCAGUUCUGGGACACAAAGAGAGACAAAUCCCUGAGGCUUUCUGGUUAGCCAGCCCACCCAACGGGAUCAUUGACCCCUAGGUCCCAGUGAGAGACCCUACCUCAAAAAAAACAAAAAACAAAAAACAAGAUGAAUGGCUCCUGAGGAACGGCACAUGAGGUAUGAGGUUGACCUCUGGCCUCCACACACGUAUAGAUGCAUUUAACCCACCUGACCUAUGGAGUAUCAUCACUUAGCAACACAGGAUACUACUGUAAAGACUCAGUUGUUUCUCUUUGAGAUGGAGUGGCUGACAAGAGAUGCAGCUUGCCCUCUCUGCUCAAUAUCACAUACAUAAGUAUUGUACCAUGUAUCACUAGCUUACCAAGUUCUGAACCGUACUGAAUUUUACAGCAACAUAAAAGUCAAGAAUUGUAUGUGGAACCUUCUUAAGUAAAAACUUUCUGUAGAUUACGCAUGGUGACCUACUCUUGUAAUCUCAGCAGAGGCAGGAAGAUCUCUGCAAAUUCAAAGCCAGCCUGGUUCUACAUAGAGUUCCAGGCCGGGUAACUAGACCUUGUCUGAAAACCAUAAUAAACAAAACAAAACAGAAAUCUAAGUAGAUGGGCCUGCCCAGAAAAUACUCUCCCCCCAAAAAUACUCUGCCCAAGACCCUUAAUCCCAUCUGUAAAGCCAGUUUUGCCUUGUAAUAUGACAUAUUCAUAGGUUCCAGAGAUUAGGAUGUGUACAUCUGGCAAGGGAGGGGAGGAGGUGGGCAUUAUUUUGCCUAUCAUAGCUAGAAAACCCAAAGUUACUGAUCAAGAAAGUAAAAUUUUGAGCCAUUGUGGUUGUCCAUUCCUGUAAUCCCAGCACUUGGAGGCAGGACUGCUACAAAUUCAAGAUCAGUUUGAUCUACAUAUCAAAUUCUAAGCCAGCCAGGACUACAUAGCAGGCCCACAUCUGAAAGAACACAAAAGAGACACUAUUUUAAUGUCUGUUAAUACAUACUGCCAUGUUCCUUUUCUGACAUGUCAGAUACACAGUGGAUUUACCACACAUUCAUCAACAUUGGAUUUUAUAAUUUUUCCUUCCCUCAGUGGUUGUUAGAUAACUUGGUGAUAUUUUGGUUUUGUAGUUCUUGAAUUACUAGAGGGUGGAACAUUUUUUCAAGUCUUUGUUUACUAUUUGGACUUAGUUUUUUGUUUCGGCUUUUUUUUUGUUUCAGUCUCCCUAUAGCUCCAGCUGGCCUGGA